UUCAGUGACAUUUGUGGAUGGCAACAACCCAUUUCAGGCAGUUCAAGAAGCCUGUGACCUCAUGAACCAUGGCAUCCUGGCUCUUGUCAGCUCCAUUGGCUGUACGUCAGCAGGAUCCCUGCAGUCCUUGGCAGAUGCUAUGCACAUCCCUCACCUCUUCAUCCAGCGGUCAACAGCUGGGACUCCAAGGAGUGGCUGUGGGACCACCAGGAGCAACAGGAAUGAUGACUACACACUCUUUGUCCGCCCGCCUGUCUACAUCAAUAAUGUUAUCUUGAGGGUGGUCACGGAAUAUGCCUGGCAGAAAUUCAUUAUUUUCUAUGAUAGUGAAUAUGAUAUCCGCGGAAUACAAGAGUUUUUGGACAAAGUAUCUCAGCAGGGAAUGGAUGUAGCACUGCAAAAAGUAGAGAACAACAUCAAUAAAAUGAUCACAGGGCUCUUUGCCACCUUGCGAAUUGAGGAGCUGAACCGCUACCGGGAUACAUUGAGACGAGCCAUUCUGGUAAUGAACCCAUCCACGGCCAAGUCUUUCAUUGCAGAGGUCGUGGAAGCCAAUUUGGUUGCUUUUGACUGUCACUGGAUCAUUAUAAAUGAGGAAAUCAAUGAUGCAGACGUGCAGGAACUGGUGAGAAAGUCUAUUGGAAGGUUAACAAUUAUUCGGCAAAGCUUUCCGGUGCCACAGAACAUCAGUCAGCGCUGUUUCCGUGGGAACCACCGGAUAUCUUCAUCACUGUGUGAUCCUAAAGACCCUUUCUCCCAAAAUAUGGAGAUUACCAACCUCUACAUAUAUGAUACUGUGCUUUUGCUGGCAAACGCUUUCCAUAAGAAGCUGGAAGACAGAAAGUGGCACAGCAUGGCCAGCUUGACAUGCAUUAGGAAGAACUCGAAACCAUGGCAAGGAGGGAGAUCAAUGCUGGAUACCAUCAAGAAGGGUGGCGUGAAUGGCUUAACAGGAGAACUGGAAUUUGCAGAAAAUGGUGGGAAUCCCAAUGUCCUUUUUGAAAUCUUGGGUACCAACUAUGGAGAAGAACUUAGCAGAGGCAUUCGCAAGCUGGGCUGCUGGAAUCCGGUCACUGGUCUCAAUGGGUCAUUAACAGACAGAAGGCUUGAGAAUAACAUGCGUGGUGUGAUUCUUCGUGUGGUGACAGUGCUGGAGGAGCCAUUUGUGAUGGUGUCAGAAAAUGUUUUGGGGAAACCAAAGAAAUACCAGGGCUUUUCCAUUGAUGUCUUGGAAUCCUUAUCCACAUAUCUUGGCUUCACAUAUGAAAUUUAUGUUGCUCCAGAUCACAAGUAUGGGCGCCCGCUGGAGAAUGGGACCUGGAACGGAUUGAUAGGAGAACUAGUAUUUAAGAGAGCUGAUAUAGGCAUCUCUGCAUUAACCAUCACACCAGAUCGGGAAAACGUGGUCGAUUUUACCACCCGUUACAUGGACUACUCAGUGGGUGUGCUGCUUCAGAAGGCUGAAAAGACAAUGGACAUGUUUGCCUGCUUAGCACCAUUUGACCUCUCCCUCUGGGCUUGCAUAGCUGGCACGGUGCUGCUGGUUGGACUCUUGGUAUACCUCCUGAAUUGGCUCAAUCCACCACGUCUGCAAAUGGGAUCAAUGACUUCAACAACUCUCUACAACUCAAUGUGGUUUGUCUAUGGAUCCUUCGUGCAGCAAGGAGGAGAGGUUCCUUAUACAACGUUAGCAACUCGAAUGAUGAUGGGUGCCUGGUGGCUCUUUGCCUUAAUUGUCAUCUCAUCCUACACAGCAAACCUCGCAGCUUUUCUCACCAUCACUCGUAUUGAGAACUCCAUCCAGUCUCUCCAGGAUCUUUCCAGGCAGACUGAUAUUCCUUAUGGCACCGUCUUGGACUCUGCAGUCUAUGAGCACGUUCGGGUGAAAGGGAUGAAUCCUUUCGAGAAGAACAACAUGUAUUCCAAACUGUGGCAGAUGAUUAACCGAAGUAACGGGUCAGAGAAUAAUGUGCAGGAAUCCCAAACAGGCAUUCAAAAGGUCAAAUAUGGAAAUUACGCCUUUGUAUGGGAUGCAGCAGUCCUGGAAUAUGUUGCUCUGAAUGAUCCGGAUUGUUCCUUUUACACUGUUGGAAACACUAUUGCAGACAGAGGAUAUGGAAUUGCCCUUCAACACGGGAGCCCCUACAGAGAUGUAUUCUCACAAAGGUAA